ACAGCUCCUCAGACAAAUCAAGUGACUGGAGGUUCAAAUAUUCCUCAGACAACAACCCCUCCUUGGACUCCUUCAGUGAAUCAUCAGGUUGUUGGAGGUACGACAGCUCCUCAGACAAACCAAGUGACUGGAGGUCCAACUGUUAAUCAGACAACAACCCCUCAGGCGACUCCUCCCAUGAAUCCUCAGGUUAUUGGAGGACCCCUCUACCCAAUUGCUGGAACUACAACAAUUCGAGCAGAUGAUGGAAGUUCUCCCCUCAUUCCUCUGCAACAUCCUUUUGUUUUCUUCGGACAUCCAUAUAACUACACAUAUGUGAACCACAAUGGACACUUGACCUUUGACUCAGCAUGGUAUAGUCACACAUCUCAAAGAAUUCCAGUGUUUGGAUCAAGAGAUUUCAUCGCUCCAUUCUGGACCGAUUUUGACAACAGACAAACUGGUUGGGUCUACUACAACCAAUAUACCAACGGCAGUGUUCUUCAUCAAGCAACACAAGACAUCAACGACUACUUCCCAGGCCUGAACUUCAACGCCACCGUUGUUUUGGUUGCAACAUGGUAUGAGAUGGCCUACUUUUCAAACACUGGAACAAAAACGACAGUUCAAGCAGUCUUGAUCUCUGAUGGCCAGUACUCAUUUGUGAUGUUUAACUAUGGGAUAAUUUCUCCACCAGUCCGCAACGUGCAGGCAGGAUAUGACACUGUCAAUUCCCCUUACCACUUCACCAUCCCUGGAUCAUCAUUCUCCAACAAUUUCACGGGCAAUUACUCAAAUUUCCGCAACAGCAGCAAUGUCAACGUACUCGGUCGCUGGGUUUUCAGGGUGGACAAUGGAUCAAGGAGCUGUGUUUUAAACUGUCCAACUGUUCCUCAGACAACAACCCCUCAGGCGACUCCUCCUGUGAAUCCUCAGGUUGUUGGAGCUACAAACAUUCCUCAGACGACCACCCCUCCUUGGACUCCUUCAGUGAAUCAUCAGGUUACUGGAGGUACGACAGCUCCUCAGACAAAUCAAGUGACUGGAGGUUCAAAUAAUCCUCAGACGGCCACCCCUCCUUGGACUCCUUCAGUGAAUCAUCAGGUUACUGGAGGUACGACAGCUCCUCAGACAAAUCAAGUGACUGGAGGUUCAAAUAAUCCUCAGACGACCACCCCUCCUUGGACUCCUUCAGUGAAUCCUCAGGUUGUUGGGGGUACGACAGCUCCUCAGACAAAUCAAGUGACUGGAGGUCCAACUGUUAAUCAGACAACAACCCCUCAGGCGACUCCUCCAGUGAAUCCUCAGGUUGUUGGAGGACCCCUCUACCCAAUUGCUGGAACUACAACAAUUCGAGCACUGGAUGGAAGUUCUCCUCUCAUUCCUCUGCAACAUCCUUUUGUUUACUUUGGACAGCAAUAUAACCACACAUAUGUUAACCACAAUGGACACAUGACCUUUGUCUCAUCAUGGUAUAGUUACAUACCCCAAAAGUUUCCCAUGUUUGGGUCAAGAGAUUUCAUCGCUCCAUUCUGGACAGAUUUUGACAACAGACAAACUGGUUGGGUCUACUACAACCAAUAUACCAACGGCAGUGUUCUUCAUCAAGCAACACAAGACAUCAACGACUACUUCCCAAGCCUGAACUUCAACGCCACCUUGGUGUUGGUUGCAACAUGGUAUGAGAUGGCCUACUAUUUUAACACUGGAACAAAAACGACAGUUCAAGCAGUCUUGAUCUCUGAUGGCCAGUACUCAUUUGUGAUGUUUAACUAUGGGAAUAUUUCUCCACCAGUCCACAAUGUGCAGGCAGGAUAUGACACUGUCAAUUCCCCUUACCACUUCACCAUCCCUGGAUCAUCAUUCUCCAACAAUUUCACGGGCAAUUACUCAAAUUUCCGCAACAGCAGCAAUGUCAACGUACUCGGUCGCUGGGUUUUCAGGGUGGACAAUGGAUCAAGGAGCUGUGUUUUAAACUGUCCAGCUGUUCCUCAGCCGACUCCUCCCGUGAAUCCUCAGGUUACUGGAGGACCCCUCUACCCAAUUGCUGGAACCACAACAUUUCGAUCACUGGAUGGAAGUUCUCCUCUCAUUCCUCUGCAACAUCCUUUUGUUUACUUUGGACAUCCAUAUAACUACACAUAUGUGAACCACAAUGGACACAUGACCUUUGACUACUCAUGGUAUAGUUUCAUACCCCAAAAGUUUCCCAUGUUUGGGUCAAGAGAUGUCAUCGCUCCAUUCUGGACCGAUUUUGACAACAGACAAACUGGUUGGGUCUACUACAACCAAUAUACCAACGGCAGUGUUCUUCAUCAAGCAACACAAGACAUCAACGACUACUUCCCAGGCCUGAACUUCAACGCCACCUUGGUUUUGGUUGCAACAUGGUAUGAGAUGGCCUAUUAUCCAAACACUGGAACAAAAACGACAGUUCAAGCAGUCUUGAUCUCUGAUGGCCAGUACUCAUUUGUGCUGAUGAACUAUGGGAUAAUUUCUCCACCAAUCCGCAAUGUGCAGGCAGGAUAUGACACUGUCAGUUCCGCUUACCGCUUCACCAUCCCUGGAUCAUCAUUCUCCAACAGUUCAGCAGGCAAUUCAAGUUUCUGGAAUAGCAGCAAUGUCAACGUACCCGGUCGCUGGGCUUUCAGGGUGGACAAUGGAUCAAGGAGCUGCGCUUUCAAUGGUGUACCAGUUGAGCUGGGCGACUCGUUCUGGAGUGACAGUUCCUGUGCAACUAAGUGCACCUGCACCUCAAAAGGCCUUCAGUGUCACAGCCAACCCUGCUUUUUCUCCCAAAUCUGCCAGCCUGACACCUUUCAGUUCUCCUGCCAGACAGUGCAGAGACAGACCUGCACUGUAUGGGGGGACCCACAUUACAUCUGCUUUGAUGGGGCACUGGCUCAUUUUCAGGGCACAUGCUCUUACAUUGUCUCUGAGAGUGUGAGCCACGGUAUCAAUGAAACCCAGUUUCAGGUGGUAGCCACAAAUAAUCACCGUGGCAACAACAGAGUGUCAUUUGUGUCAGCAGUGGAUGUGUACCUCUCAAAUGGACAAGAGAGCACACACAUCAGGAUAGGACCAAACAAAGUUUUGAAGGUAAAUGGAAGUGGGGCGUCUCUUCCUGUCACAAAUGGAUCCUUGGCUCAGGUUACAAGGCAGGGAAGCUUCAUAGAAGUUGAUGCUGGUGACCUGAUAGUGGAGUUUGAUGGGCAUAGUACUUUACUGGUGAGAAUUGGCCUAAAUCGUAAAAACAGAGUCAGAGGGAUGUGCGGAAACUUCAACGGUGACCCUUCAGAUGACAAAGUCUUGCCCAAUGGAACACUGGCACUAAAUGAUAAUCACUUUGGACACAGCUGGAUAUCAACAACCAGUCAACCAGGAUGUGGAUCCACAGAUGAGGACAUCGGCAAUGAAAUGAAUGACUGCCCCUUUAUGCAACAAUACUCAGAGCUCUGCAGUGUCAUCACCAACACCAGCGGCCCAUUCAGUGCCUGUCAUCAGCACUCUGACCCUCAUCCAUUUUUCAGCUCCUGUGUCUACGAUCUCUGCCUCUACACUCCUGCAAACGGCAUGCUGUGUUCAGCUGUCUCCGCCUAUGAGUCAACCUGCUCAGUUUUAGGGUUGGACAUCCCAGAAUGGCGCUCUGCUUUGCAGUGUGCCGAGUCAGACCCCUGUGACUCACUGAACUGCACAGAGAAUGAAUGGUGUGGACAAAAAAAUGGAGUGUAUGGCUGCUUCUGUGAUGAGCACCACCAUCGGGCAGACAAUGGCAGCUAUGACUCGUCAAUUACUUGUGCCAGCAGUACAGGCAUCAUGUCUUUGUCACGCUGCCAGCUGUUUGAAGCUGGCUUUUACCCAAGCACCCUCCACCUCAGGGAUCACUCCUGCAACGGGAUAAUUGAGGAAGGACGAGUGCUGUUUCACUUUGACAACGAAGACAACCUGUGUGGGACUGUCCUCAGGAGCAAUGGAACUCAUUUCAUCUAUGAGAACAACAUCAAGGGUGAAGCUGACCCCCACGACGGUCUGAUCAGCCGUGAACAGCGCCUUAAUCUGGCUUUCUGCUGUGAAUAUCCUCUGACCCAGGCCCUGUCGAUGGCUGUGGGCAUCAACCCCUUAGAGAGCAUUGUGAACAGGAAGAUUCCUGUCGGCGUUGGGCAGUACAACAUCAGGAUAACCCCCUACCAGGACGCUGGCUUCCAAUAUCCUCUUGCUGGUGACGGCAACACUGGAAUUGAAAUUGACCAGGAGAUUUAUGUGGAGGUUCGGACAGAAGGAGUCGAUAAACAACAGCUCUCCACCAUCCUUGACUCUUGCUGGGCCACACCUGUCGACAUUGCAGACUACCCUGUCCGCUGGGAUCUCAUCACUUCAGAGUGUCCCGCUCCAGCAGAUGGUACAGUUGAGUUGAUUCAGAAUGGCAUCUCCACUGUGUCUCGAUUCUCCUUCAGGAUGUUCACCUUCACCAACUUUACAGCAGUCUUCCUGCACUGCCAGGUCCACCUCUGCCUUUUGAAAGGCAACAACUGCUCCAAUACCUGCUACCCUGGUCACCAUGAGCGAGUUCAGAGAGAUGUGUCCUACCAUGACACUGCAGACAUCUCAGUAGGACCCAUUUUGUUGAGGCAGGAAAGAGCACUUCCAAGAGGUGGAGAAGUGUCCAAGAGCAGUGCUUCAACCCCGGUGAUAUCCAUGGUGUCUCUGCUAGUCAGUUUACUGACUGCCAAAACUCUGAUCUAGAGAGAUCAAGGUUCAGCCCACAGACAGUAAACAGAUAAAUGUAUUCACAUUACACCACAUUAUAUGGAUUAAUCUGUACUGGCUUGAUCAAUUUGCAUGGGUUCAAGAAAGACCAGCUGUUUAUACCUGUAUAAAUAGAUGAAUACCUAUGUAGAUACCUUUUUUGUAUUAUUGCUGGCCUGAAGUAGUUUUACAUAUGGUUUAAUGACAUCACUGUCUGCUGUUUACCAAUUGUUUAAUUUGUUCUAAUGUCUACCAGUUUUAUCCUCAGGGUGUUGCUUUUGUUUUUUAAAUCAUGGUGCAAAUCAUCAUUAAUGAAGGAAACGCGUUAAAUGAAGUCAUUUAGCGCUGUAAAUUGUGUUGUAGUCAACUGUAUGUGAAAGGCCUUGUCCUUAAGAUCUGUUUUCUUUUUCAUCCACUAGUUGAAAAGUUGUUGUCUUGUUAUGAUGGGAGACGCCAUAGGCCACCAUUAGAAAGAUUAUGUUACUUGCAUGUUGUUGUAUUCACAAUGUGUGAGUUUCAUGCUUUUUUUUAUGUGGUGACUCCUAUCAUUAUAUCCCUGUCAUAUUUGAAGAAUUCAUACAUAAUGAAGCUAUAAAUAAAUGUUUUUCAUUUACUGAG